AUGGCUGGUAUCAUUGACGAUAAAGCUGCUGCGGGUCGGCAGCAACAACGACAACCCCGCGAUGAUGAUGGCUCAAACAACCUGCAAUUACCAGAUAUUCACAUCGCUGAUGGCGAUGCAGCUCCUCCUCCUUACGGAGAGGACCAUGGUCAGGUCCAUUUCUCGCAGCCUGGCUUUGAUGCUGGUGCAAAAGUAACAGGCAAAGAUACACCUGCUUUGGCGCUUAGCCUAACAAGUGACAUCUUAUCUACAGGUGACGGUCGAGUCAACAUCAAUAUCAAUGCCAAGAACAGACGACUUGCAGAUCUUCUCGCUCCAACUCUACAAGAUCAACUUGCCCCCGAGCCUGAACAACCUGAUCUCCCUCCCGCAUAUAUCCCUCCAAGCCUUGGAGGUAGACCUGGACAAACUCCACCACCAAAACUCAAUGUCGUCGUACAAAUCGUUGGUUCCCGAGGCGACGUUCAACCUUUUGUGGCCCUAGCCAAGGUUUUAAAAGACACAUAUGGACACAGAGUAAGAAUAGCUACUCACCCCACCUUCCGUACAUUUGUCGAAGAGAAUGGUCUCGAAUUCUUCAACAUCGGAGGUGACCCUGCCGAGCUGAUGGCCUUUAUGGUCAAGCACCCCGGUCUGAUGCCUGGCUUUGAUGCCAUCACAAGCGGCGAAAUCACUAAGCGUCGAAAGGGUAUUGAAGAGAUACUUAUGGGCUGUUGGCGAUCAUGUAUCGAAGGAGGCGAUGGUCUUGGCCCUGCUCCCAAGCCUCAUGCCUCCAACGCACCCUUGGACGUUUCGUUGGUAUCAGGCAACUCAGGUCAAGAGCCCUUUGUUGCUGAUGCUAUCAUUGCAAACCCUCCUAGUUUCGCCCACGUUCAUAUUGCUGAGAAAUUGGGUAUCCCUGUGCAUAUGAUGUUUACAAUGCCUUGGUCGCCAACACGAGCUUUCCCGCAUCCUUUAGCCAAUAUUCAAUCGUCAAAUACCGAUGAUGUGAUGACGAAUUAUAUGUCAUAUACUCUAGUAGAAAUGAUGACAUGGCAGGGUCUCGGAGAUGUUAUCAACCGGUUCCGUAAGAAGGCGCUUGACCUUCCUCCGCUCUCGUUGAUCUGGGCACCUGGACUUCUUUCAAGACUCAAAAUCUCUUGGACAUACUGCUGGCAAGUACUUGUGGGUUACUACCGGAUUAUCACUAACCAACUGGUUACAGCCUUGAUUCCAAAGCCCAACGAUUGGGGUCGACACAUUGAUAUUUCUGGCUUCUACUUUCUCAACCUCGCUUCUUCAUAUACACCCGAUCCCGAGUUAGCAGCUUUCUUGCGUGAUGGUCCUCCUCCAGUCUAUAUUGGAUUCGGUUCCAUCGUGGUUGAUGAUCCUAAUGCUAUGACCGAAAUGAUCUUUGAGGCAGUUAGGCUUUCAGGCGUCAGGGCCCUGGUCUCGAAAGGCUGGGGUGGUCUUGGUGCGGACGACCUUGGCAAGCCGGAUGGGGUAUAUAUGUUAGGCAAUGUGCCUCAUGACUGGUUGUUUGAGCAUGUCUCCUGUGUGGUACAUCACGGUGGUGCUGGCACUACCGCUGCAGGCAUCAAGGCUGGCAAGCCUACUCUUGUGGUGCCCUUCUUUGGCGAUCAGCCAUUCUGGGGUGCUAUGAUAGCAAGAGCCAAGGCCGGUCCUGACCCGAUCCCAUAUAAGCAGCUGACUGCAGAGAAGCUGGCCGAAGCCAUCAAAUUUUGCGUCAAGCCCGAGACUCUGGAGCAGGCCAAGGCUAUGGGUCAGAAGAUCAGAGAAGAAAAAGGAACCGAUGUUGGCGGGAAGAGCUUUCACGACCAUCUAGAGGUGGACAAAUUACGAUGCACUCUGGCACCGAGCAGGGCCGCCGCUUGGCGUGUGAGAAGAACCCAAGUACGACUUAGUGCCUUUGCUGCUGCAGUGCUGGUAGAACAGGGAAUACUUCAAUGGUCUGACUUGAAGCUGUAUCGAAUGAGGGAGUAUAACACAGAGGAGCAGCCACCUGACCCGAUUUCUGCUUGCACAUUGUCGCUUGUCACUGAUAUAGGGGGCAUUGGCAUGGCAAUCGCUGAUAUGCCCAGAGAGCUCUUCAAGAGCAUGUCUAACCCGAAAAAGAAAGACCAGAUAUUAUCAGACACUGCGAACCCUCGCGCUACUGAGAGUGAUGCAUCACUGACCAAAUCUCAAGGUACCGAUCCGGAUCAGAAAUCAACUUCUGCGGCGAGCAUCGCGGACACCGAAACGCUAAACUCUGCAGCCCUCACAACCUCUCACUCCAACACAUCACGUCCUACUUUAAGCGACACAGCAUCCAGCACUUCUGGUCUGUCAUCCCCCGAUCGGUCAAGCGCCCAAGCAUCGGCCAAUCAGAAAUCAUGGAAGGAGCAGAUGAAGCAAGCGGCCAACGCUGCCAAACAGGAUCGGGGUGCAUCACCUGUCAACUACGUGGACGCAGCUGUUGGUACAGGCAGGGGAGUUGGUCGUGUAGUUACCACUGGUGCCAGAACGCCCAUGAACUUUUGCCUUGGACUAGCCAGAGGUUUCAGAAACAUGCCAAAACUUUACAACGACGAGACUAUUCGUCCUGUUGACAAGGUAACAGGGGUUGGCUCUGGUAUUAUGGUAGCAGGCAAAGAGUUUGGUUAUGGCCUGUUUGACGGCAUCACUGGUCUCGUUACACAGCCCCUAAAAGGUGCCGAGAAAGAGGGCAUGCAGGGUUUGAUCAAAGGAUUUGGUAAGGGUAUUGGAGGUGUGGUAGCAAAGCCAGCGGCAGGCUUUUGGUCUAUCCCAGCUUAUACCAUGCAGGGCGUGGAUGCUGAGAUUACCAGGUAUUUCUCCAAAAGCGUUCUGAACUACAUCGUUUCUUCGCGAGCUGUUCAGGGUCAGCACGAAAUGCAAGAGGCGACACCUGGUGAAAGAAAUGAUGUUAUUCAACGAUGGAACAACUUCGCAUCUGAUCUUGACAAGUUUUAUCGAUGGAAGAAGAAGGAGAAGGUCGCAGGAAAGCGUCCAGAGGGGUCUAGGCAAGACAGUACAGAGGCCGUGCUUGAACGCCCUCAAACAGGGUGGCUUCACACCAGGAAUUUGUCCUUUGAAAAACGAAAGAAACUACAUGCUGGCAAAGAAGCAUGGGAGAGAGCUAAUUCAGACACCCUGGUUCCACAAUCAAAACCGAGUGGUGCUUCGGCUAUACAGAUGCACUCUUCCGAGGAUGAAGAGCUUGAGAGAGCUAUUAGGGCGUCAAUUCAAGAGACGUCACGCGGCAACGCCGAGGAGGACGCACAGGUGGAAGCUGCCAUGCGCGAAAGCAUUAACGUCGUCCGCCAGCGAGCCGAAGCAGGCGAAGCUGCACCGCUUCCUCUGAAAGACCCAUCCAUUUUCAAAGAUUCCGAAUAUCAGAUCACCGAUGAGGAGUACCAAGCUCUUGUUGAGCAAGCAAUUCAGCAGAGCCUGGGGAAUGAUGUGCCAGUGCCUCAAUAUUCUGAAAUGCCAGGGUUCAGUGGGACGGACGCUGCAGCUCAGCCACAUACAACAUUCGCCAACGAUGACGACAAAGAGCUACAGCAAGCCAUUGAAGCCUCUAAGAAGCAAUCACCACCGCCACUGCCACCCAGAGACGUAAACGAUGACGAUUUUGAGCGUGCGGUAGCGGCGUCAAAAGAAGCCAUGGAGAAGGAAAGCAGUCAGCAAACAGAAGAAGAUAUUGUGAUGGAGUAUGUCAAGAAGCAGAGCUUGGCGGAAGAAGAGUACAGAAAGAAGAUGAGUCAGGGCAAGUCCCCAGAAAACACGGGCGACGAUGACGAGGAAUUAAGAAGAGCAAUGGAGGAGAGCCUGAAGAUGAAUAGGGGUGACGCAUCAGGUCCGUCGGGAAUCUAA